AACCUCUUUAUUCUGAAAUUACAGCGAUAGCUCUUUAUCGAGCAUAUACAAAAAACUCUCACUCUUCUUUUCCAGAAGGGUCAAGUCUUGAGAAGCAAAAAAAAAUUGAUGAAUGCCUCGCCCAAAGAAAUCUCGUAGAGGGAGGGGGAACCGCAAUUCUUCUUCCCAAGUCGCUAUACCGGCAGUCAAUACGGACGACGGUGCAGGACGCACAGACCUUCUUGAGCGAUCCGACAUGCAGAAUGCGAAGUUCGAAGAGUAUUACAGACGGCAGGCAAUCAUCUCUGCUGGUGAAACCCAAGGCGAAGGCCAGAACGAGUGGUCAGCUUUUAUGGAGACUUUGCGCGAGCCACUGCCGACGACAUUUCGGAUUGCGGGGACUCGGCAAACUGCCCAAGUCCUGAGUGAUACGAUCACGAAGACGUACGUUCCGCAGCUCGCUGAAGUUGUUUUUGAGGAUGCACUGGUUGUCCCGCCCGUUCAGUUAUCUUGGUACCCCAAUGGCCUCGCUUGGCAGCUCAACGUUCCCAAGAAAGUACUUCGCAAGUCGCCUGAAUUCAAAAGGUUCCAUUCAUUCCUUGUGUUCGAGACUGAAGUCGGGAACAUUUCGCGUCAGGAGGCCGUGUCGAUGCUGCCUCCACUAUUCCUGGACGUUAAGCCGCACCACAAGGUGCUAGAUAUGUGUGCUGCGCCAGGAUCCAAGACCGCUCAACUGCUCGAAGCUUUGCAUGUGACUGAUGAUGUUCCAGAGGGCAUUGUCGUCGCUAACGACAGCGACUACAAGCGCACCCACCUCCUCAUCCACCAGUCCGCACGCCUUCCGAGUCCCUGCUUCCUAGUCACGAAUGUCGAUGCAAGCAUUUUUCCCGCCCUUCGGCUGCCGGACUCGGACCCAGACGCGAUGGGCGGCCUGGACGAGAAAACGAAUGAGAACACCAAGCGGAAGAAGGCAAGACAGGUGAGUGGUGGGCGGCAAGUGCGGUUCGACAGGAUUCUGUGCGAUGUACCGUGCAGUGGCGACGGCACCAUUCGUAAAAAUGUCGGUAUCUGGAAGUACUGGAACCCGAUGGAUGGGAACGGGUUACAUGGAUUACAAGUGCGGAUCCUGCAGCGUGCGAUGCGAAUGCUGCAUCCGGACGGCCGGAUUGUGUACUCGACUUGCUCGCUCAAUCCGAUAGAAAAUGAGGCGGUUGUCGCUGAGGCCCUCCGUACUAUUCCUGGUGAGGACUCCACGUUCUCCCGCAUGCACGUCAGGGCACUGAACCCUUCGAUCUUUCUUCUUGUUAUCCGCUGCGGUCCGGUAGACUUUGAGAUUGUCGACGUGUCUGAGAUGCUCCCUUCCCUCGUUCGGCGGCCUGGUCUGACCAAAUGGAUUCCCUCGGUCGACCGUGAUCUCAAAUUCUGUGAGACAUAUGAUGAGUGCAUUCGCUCGCUCCCGGCGAACAGGCGUGCAGACACGAGGCUUGGGCGAAGCCACUGGCCUCCAUCCGACGUCCAGGGACUCAAUCUCGAACGAUGUAUGCGCAUAUACCCCCACUUACAGGAUACCGGCGGAUUCUUCGUCGCUGUGCUGCAACGCAAGUCGUCCUCCACGAAGUCUCCGAGAGAGGGGAAACGUGUCGCGGAUGAAGCAUCCGACGAACCUGAGAUAAAAAGAGCUCGUUUGGCCGGCGACGAGGACUUAUCCACGGCUGAAGUUGUCGAGACCGAACCGGCCGUCGAGGGUGGAGAGCCAAUGGAUGAAGAGGACGACAGGACCACUGAACCAUCAACGCCUCGUCUUGACGCUGUGCCUGCGCCGGACGCGCCUCCGAACACCACAAAUAGCAACAAAACAAAAACAAAAACAAAAGGGAAGCAGUCAGGCGACGGUGGAUUCAAGGAGAACCCAUACACGUUCAUCGCGCCCAAUGAUCCGAUCGUGCAGGGAUGCAUCCGGCAGCUCUCGCUCACGCCCGCGUUCCCCGCCUCAAACGUGCUCGUGCGCAACCCCGCCGGCGAUCCCGCGCGCUCGCUGUACCUGACCAACGACCUCGUCCAUGCCGUCUUGCAGUGCAACGACUACAAGCGCAUGCGACUGAUGACCGCGGGCACGAAGAUCUUCACAAAACAUGAAGGCGGGUUCGGUCGCGGACGCGCGGCGCCAUCGGAGUCGGCACCGGCGUCGAUGGACGUGACGCCAGCGCCAGCGCCAGAGGCCAAGGAUACUCCCUUCCGGCUCCUCAGCGAGGGCCUUCCAGCGGUGCUGCCGUAUAUACGAGAGGACGCCAUUCUGGAGGCGUCCGUUGCCGACCUGAAGGUCCUGGUGGAGUCGUAUUAUCCGCUGGUGAGCGCAUUUGAGGACCCGUUCGCUGGCAUUAUCAGCGCGACACCGACUGGAAGUCACGUUGCGCGAUUCAAAGAAGGGUCGCUGGAGGGCGCUUCUCUUACACACGACCUCGUCCUGCCCAUCUGGAAAUCCACAGCCUCGGUCUCACUCAUGAUCGACAAAAAAGCAAAAAGCGCGCUGAGCCUCCGGGUGUUCGGGGUGGACUUGACAGUUGCUGGGCUCGAGGCAGCGCAGCAAUCGGCUCUGAAGAAGCCGCGUCAGCCAGAGGUGGAGUCUGGCGCCGUGACACCGUCUACUGCACUCGACGCUGUACAAGAGUCAGAGGAAGGCGCCACCGCGAGCGUUAUUGAGGCGAUGGAGGAAAUCGAGGCGUCAGAUCAGCCGCCGAUGUAACCCAGAUUGCGAUUCGUGGUGAUCGAUGUACUGUCACUGGCCCUAUGUUCGGACAAAACCGAUGUUCAGACAAUCUGUGUUUCUCGCCCAUUGCUCGACAUAUCGACCUCAUUCUUUUGUCCAUAAAUCAUGUUAAAUAGUGUAGACUUGAUUCCUGAGAUUUUGAGAUUUCUGAAAGGUGAAUUAUAUCUUUGCAAGCCCAAUGUCAUGCCUUGGAUGAGUUGGAGCAUGCAAGGAAAGAUCUUGAUGGUCCAUGGUUUUUUCUGUAAUAUACUGUAGCUCAUAUAUAUUGGUUCCGCU